AUGGCUGCCAGCCAAUCAGCGAGACCUUCAUCAAUGGGUGUUGGUGAUCAUACUCUACGAAAUUUAAAUCCUUUUCUGGAUCAAGAUGGCUUACUUCGAGUAGGUGGUCGACUGGAUCAGUCAUCACUAGAAUAUGAUAUGAAGCAUCCGUACAUCUUACCCAAGGAUUCAACUUUAUCACGACUAGUUAUUUGGGAUGUUCAUCUACGGUUAUUGCAUAGUGGUACACGCAACACAUUGGCCACUAUACGACAACGCUUUUGGAUCCUUGGAGGCCGAGUUUCUGUGAGAAAGGAAAUUUUACGGUGCGUUAUCUGCUCUCGUUAUCGCGGUAAGAGAGCUCAACAACUAAUGGGUCAACUUCCGCCUCGCCGAGUUACACCAACGCGUCCUUUUACAAAUUCUGGGGUGGAUUAUGCUGGACCAUUCAUUAUCAAAACUUGGCGUGGAAGGAAUGCAAAGAGUUACAAAGGCUAUGUUUGUUUAUUUAUCUGCUCUGCAACAUCUGCAAUUCAUUUGGAAUUAGUAUCAGACUACUCAGCUGAUGCUUUCAUAGCUGCCUACAAACGAUUCACUGGACGUCGAGGUCUUUGCUCAACACUCACCAGUGAUUGUGGUACUACGUUCGUGGGAGCUGAUGCGGAACUCAAACGUCUUUUUACUGCAUCAUCUUCAGAAUCAGAAAACCUCUGCAGAUUGUUAGCAAACGAUGGGACAGAUUGGCAUUUUAAUCCCCCUUCUGCAUCUCAUUUUGGAGGUCAUUUCGAAGCCGGUGUCAAAUCGGUUAAGUAUCAUUUAAAGCGAGUGGUUGGGAAUUUAUCACUGACUUACGAAGAAUUUACUACCGUCCUCUCUCAAAUAGAAGCUGUUUUAAAUUCAAGACCCCUUUGUCAACUAACAGAAGAUCCUGAGGACUUAUCAGUUCUAACACCAGGUCACUUUCUUAUCGGGGGUCCUUUAUCUUCUAUUCCUGAACCGAAUCUGGAAAACGUUUCUAUGCCUAUAUUAAGUCGUUGGCAACUUACUCGACAAAUUAUCGAUAGUUUCUGGGUCAAGUGGUCUAGAGAAUAUCUCCAGCAACAACAAGCGAUAUAUAAGUGGCGAUUCCCGUCAUUAAAUAUUGAAAUUGGCUCUAUAGUUCUCGUGGUUGAUGAGAGAUAUCCACCGUCAAAAUGGCCUUUAGGACGAGUAAUUCAACUACACACCGGCUUGGACAAUUUACAUUCGCCACAAAGUGUACAAAAUUUUUCAAAAUAUCGGAGCAAUAUCGGAGCAUUUUUGGAUAAUAUCGGAGCAUUUUGGAUAAUAUCGGAGCAAUAUCGGAGCAAUAUCGGAGCAUUUUGGAUAAUAUCGGAGCCUUUUGGAUAA